AUGAGGUGGAGACGAAAGGAACUGCAUCUGCUAAAACAAGAUAAGGAUAACCUGGGAACGCAAGUUUAUUAUAUCGAAAAUUUUUACGAGAUAAUUUGUGCUGCCCAUCAAGCGCAAUCGGCAUUGAUUGACAAAACUGAAAGGCAGGUUUGUGGAAUAGAUAAUCUUAGAUGCUUUAUCAGCAAGGAAGUAGAGCAAAUAUUUUCGACACUAUAUAUAGAUCAUGAUGGUGGGAUAAAUGACUUUGGGAUCGAAGAAUUUGAUAGUAGAAGGUGUUUCGUUGUAUAUAAACUUGGACAAAUAGAUGUGAGGUAUUAUAACGAUGAUUGGCAGCAGAAUGAAAGGGUGCCUAGCGAAAGCAAGAAAAUAG